AUGACAGCCUGGCGCAUCCUGAUUGGCAACGCUAUUCAGCGGCUGGAGGCGGAGCGGAAGAGCAUCGAGGCGGUACCGUUGGCGAAGCUGACGCAGGAGACACGGCUCACCAGACUGGACUUGUCAGGUUGCGUGGGGUUUCAGAGCCUGCCGGAGUCGAUCGCGCAGUUGACGGGGCUUACCAGACUGGACUUGUCUGGUUGUAAGGGUCUCCAGAGCCUACCGGAGUCGGUUGGGGCGCUGACGGGGUUCACGAGCCUGGACCCGAGCGGCCGGUGCGGGGCGCUGCAGAGCCUGCCCGAUGCGGUCGGGUCGCUGACGGGGCUCACGAACCUGGACCUGAGCCGGUGCAAGGCGCUGCAGAGCCUGCCCGAGUCGGUCGGGGCGCUGACGGGUGUCAUAAUCUUGGAGAUGACUGGAUGCGAGGCCCUCCGAGGUGCCAGUCGGUACUGGUGGGCAGCAAAGGGCGACGCGGCGGCGCAGUGCAACCUGGGCGUGUGCUUCGAGCUCGGCAAAGGCGUCGAGGAGGACGAGGCGCGCGCCACCGAGCUGUACGCGAAGGCCGCUGCACAAGGCGACGCGAGGGCGCAGUGCUGUCUGGGCUGGUGCUACGAGAACGGCAGGGGCGUGGAGAAGGACGAGGCGCACGCCGCCGAUCUUGAACGUUUCCAUAUUACUUCAGCAUCUGAAAAUGGAUGUAAAUGUAGCCAUCGAGCAUGCGCUUGUAUCCAUAGGACAGAAAUUAUUGAGAAGAAGGGCCACUCCACGCAUUCCAUGUGA